GAACAGGAAGUAGUGAAUCGUUCCUGGUUAAAAAUACAUGAUCGUGCAGUCUGUCAAAACAACCAACUUAUUGUUGUAAAAACGAAUUCGUAGCGCUUUUACACCACACUUAAAGAUGGAAAGCAAACGCUGGUCGGGCUGUUGAGCUUUAUACAUAAUGAUUUCUGCUUUAAAGGAAAAUUGGUUUUCCUAGUCAGUUGACUUCCUACUACCCCUGCUAGGUGACACCACCGUACAGUGUGUUAAGCAGACGACAUCCCCUCACUGUAACGAUGGGUGCUGAGAGCAGUGCUCUGCCAAGCUGUGUACUGGAAGAGCCAUUGCUGACACUGCCUUCUGGUCUUACUAUGUACUCUGCCCUUCUUCGGGAUGGCAAGCCUGCUUCAGUCUUUGUACAUAAGCAAGACAAUGAAGAUAAAGUCAAUAAAGCUGCCAAGCACCUGAAGACAUUAAGGCAUCCAUGUCUGCUUCGCUUCCUGUCAUGCUCAGUGCAGGAUGGAGGAAUUCAUUUAGUGACAGAGCCAGUUCAGCCAUUAAAACGGCUGCUAGAGAGUCUCACGCCAGAGGAGAUCUGUGCUGGCCUCUAUGACCUACUGCAAGCGCUAGUCUUUCUACAUGACAGGGACAAAUCAAGUCACAACAACGUGUGCAUGUCCUCAGUGUUUGUGAGUGAGGAUGGUCAUUGGAAGCUGGGUGGGAUGGAAACUGUCUGCAAGUUUUUUGAGGCAACACCUGAGUUUCUCAGAAGCUUUCAGAAUGUAAGAGAAAACAGUGCCAUUCCUCCUGAGGAAAAGCUUGAAGGAUUCAAAACACUUCCCGACAAGCAUGCUCACUCCCGAGACGCUUUUUCAUUGGGGGCGAUGGUGGAGGCAUUUCUUCCACUCCUGAUGGGACAUGUCUCAGAUGAUUUGUUGGAGAGUUUAAAGAACACGCUGCAGGUCAGCCUCUUGACCCCUGACCCCAUGUCUCGCCCAUCUCUCAGCAGUUUGCUGACCCAUAGGUUUUUCAGAAAUGACUUCCUGGAUAUCAUAAAUUUUCUGAAGAGUUUGACCCUGAAAACGGAAGAGGAGAAAAAUGAAUUUUUUAAGUUUCUCUUGGACCGAGUUCUGAACCUCCCAGAGGAAUUAAUUGCUACCCGUCUGGCUCCUAAACUGCUAAAUUCUCUGGUAUUUGCUGAACCCAUGGCUGUGAAAAGCUUUCUUCCUCACCUCUUACGGCCUAAACAAGACUCAGGUGUGAGCGCCGUUAAGGAGUGUCUGCUGUCUGUGUCUCUGUAUCGGAGAUACGUAGUUCCUCAGCUUCUUAAGCUCUUUAAGGUGAACGAGGAGCAUGUCAGGAUUGUGCUCCUCUCUCACAUUCACGUCUACGCAGAGUUCUUUCCUUAUGAAGAACUAAAAAACCAGAUUCUUCCUCAGGUUCUGCUGGGAAUGAGAGAUACGAAUGACUCACUCGUUGCCAUGACGCUACAAAGCCUUGCUGUGCUUGUUCCGUUGUUGGGUGCCCAAGUAGUUGUUGGUGGGGAGAGGACCAAAGUAUUUAAAAGGACUACGCCAAACUUUACCAAGUCUACAGAGGUCACCCCAGAGACAUCACCUGUGCAUAUUGUUGGGACCUCACAUCCUCAAAUCUCACAACCACCCAAGGUUCUGAAUAUGUUCACUAAAGGGCCUGAGGACAAAAGAGUGGUUUUAGAAAACAUGCACUCUUUACAAGCAACUGGAAAGACCGCUUCCCAGCACACUAUUGCAGAGAGGGCAGUUCUUAGCAGGACUUUCCCACUAAAUGGCUUCAGUUUGAGCAAGCAGGCUGGGGACAGCACAAAGUCCACCAGAGCAGUGAGACCUGAAGAAGACUGGCCAAAUUGGAGUGACUCAGAAGAGGUAAAAAAAGACAACAGCCAUUUACACCAGAUCAGCAUUCAGACAGUAGGCAUCCCAGGCCAGAGCAACCAUGCAAUACCAGCUGACACUGGAGAUGAGAGCAAUGAACCCUGGGAUGAUUUCAAGUACUCUGAAGUGAUCUCAGACCAAUCGCCCACCACUCCUGUACCAAAGACAUCAAAACAAUGCAAUGCAUUAUCUGAAACUAGUGAUGGACCUCAAAGAAAAUCUAGAGCACUGAAACUGAACUCUACUAUGAAAACCACCCCAGACAAUAACCAUUCCUCAUGGGACACAGGUUGGGACCAGAGAACUGACACCCUCAACCCCAGCAAAACAACCUUAGCAUCAGAGCCAAAGCCAAAAACUACAAUCAAAGGCCACAGCGCUGGUAGUCUGGGGGAGGAGUUCACCAUUGCAGCGAAGAAGAAACCAGAGCAAGAUCCAGAGCUAGACUUAUUUGCUGACAUGGUCCCAGAUAUAAAGCUGUCUUCAUCUAUUCUGCUUCCUGUGGGAAGCUUAGUCAGUGAACCCAUCAUGAAUAGGCCACUGGGACACAUGACAUCAUACAAUGCAAACUCAUCGAUAGACACUCUGAGCCUCACUGCUAAGUUUGCUGCCGCUGACAUGACUGAGACUGAAGCAGAAGGUUGGGGUGAUGAUGAUGAACUCAACUGGGAAGAUGAGAACGCCUGGUGAUCAGUUUGGCCGUCUUCAGAAAGCCAAAUGAGAGAAUGCCCACAAACAAAAUACACUGUAACAUAUGCUAUUAUGACUUUAGACCAACCAAUUAAACCACACGUUUAGCAAUUUUAAAAACUAAAUUUUAGUAGGGUAGUAUUUAUUUUCAGAUCCCCUCACCCCAUGCAAUAUGAUAAUCAACUCACUGUUGACAUAAUUGUUGUUACUUUAACAAAUAAGUUGCUAUAGGUGGACCUAAACUUGCCAAAUCCUACUAUGCAAUUCUCCAAUUCUGUUGCACUGUUGGGGUACAUUGUUUUUCCAAACAGAUUUUGUUAGUGCCAUACUGCUUUUUUAUGAGCCUUAAAGUAGAGCCACAACUUGAGAAGAAAUAUAUAGACUCUAAAGUGUGUUCAUUAUAUUUGGAUGAGAGCCUGACAUAAUUUAUUUGUAUUAUCAGCUGUUAAAAUAAAA